ACGUGUGACCUAACCUCAUUUCGGUACCGUAACGUAACCUCAUUUUUCACUUUCUUGCUUUUUACUUCUUUUGGUUUUUAUCUCAACAUUAUACAUUAUUUCAUAGGUGUGUAUCAUUGAUAAUUAUGAUUUCCUCAAAGGCUGCAACAUUUGUAUCUACAAUACUCAGAAAAACCACUAAUAAACUGUCUGAAUCUCUUGUAAGAUGUUCUUCUACAGCUACAACUCAGCAAGAACCGCCAAGGAUAGAAAAAACAAUCAACAGUGUACAACUUUUGGGCAGAGUAGGAGCUGAUCCCCAAAGAAAGGGAACAGAUGAACAUCCUAUUGCUGUAUUCUCCAUAGCAACCCAUACCAAUUACAGAUAUGAAUCUGGAGAGUUCUUGCAGAGGACAGAAUGGCAUCGAGUUGUAUGUUUCAAACCUGGACUCAGAGAAACAGUCCUGAACUAUUUGAAAAAGGGACAGCGAGUUCAUGUCACAGGUCGUAUAACUUAUGGAGAAAUUAAAACAGAGGAUGGUUCACAAAAAACAACUACAGCAAUUGCAGCUGAGGAUGUAAUAUUUUUCCAAAGUACCUGAGCUAAGACAUCUGUAUUGCCACAAAUAUGAUUUCUAGAUAAUAGUUAAGGAAUAAAAUGAUUUUUUUUAUAAUUUGGUAUUAUUUCAACUUUAUGGUAGGUAUCAUCAAAUGAAGUGGGGUGGUAGAUGGGGUCAUUUCCAAUCAAACCAACCUUAUAUGUGGUUCUCCAAUUGUUGAUUGUUCAGAAGCUCCCAAUGUUUUUUCAUUUCUAUAAGAAGAAUUUAUUACAAUAAAACUAUGUCACAUUUG